CAGUGGACUUACAACUUGUUAGUGAGGGUGAAAUGAAGUUCAGGUUGACUGGGCUUUGUCAAGAUCAAAUUAUUGAAUCUAAGCAAAAAAAUUGCAAUUGUGAAAAAUUACAAACUGAGGGGUUGUCUUGCAACUAUAGUUUAGAGGAGCUUCGGCACCAGUGCUGUUGUAGUGGAAAUCAAGAAAACGUUUAUAAAAAUUAUACAAUAGAAUUUUCAAAUGCUCCGAAGAGCAAAACAUAUGGAUUUUUAUUUGGAAAUCAGCCAUUUAGAGAAACAUCUUUAUCUGGACAUUACCUGGCAAGUAAUGGUUUUGGAUUUGAAACUGAACCAAAAGAAGAUAAUUCUUUGUUCAAAAGUCAACCAGCAACUAAUUCUGCUGUAUUUGGAAAUCAUUCAGUUCAAUACAGUCAGCCAGUGAGUGACAAUCCUUUUUUUGGAAGUCAACCAGCCUCAGUAAUUCAGACAGCAACUAAUCCUACUACAUUCAGAAGCCAACCAACAGAAGUUACUUCUUUAUUCGGAAGCCAAACAACACAAAAAACAUCUCUAUUUGGAGGCAAACCAUCACUUGGUGUAGGAUGUGGUUCUUUGUUUGGAAGCCAAACACCAACUAAUGCUUCUACAUUUGGGAGCCAACCAGCCCAGGGUAAGUAUUUAUUUGGAAAUCAACCACCAACUAAUGCUCCUGCGUUUGGGAGCCAGCCAGCACAAGGUCACUCCCUUUUCACAAGUCAACCUGCAGCAGGUAUUUCUCUUUUUGAGAAUCAACAAUCGACUGGUGCUGCUGCACUUCGGAAAGGCCAACCACCAGCUGUUCCCACAUUUGUGAGCCAACCAGCUCAAGAUAUUCAACUACCAAUUAAUGCUCCUCAAUUUGGGAACAAACCAGCACGAGGCAGGUCUCUCUUUGGACAACAAACUAAUGCUGCUGCUACAUUUGGAAGAAACUCAUUUGGAAGUCCAUCAGUAGCUAAUGCAUUUACAUUUGGGAGUCAGCCAACACCAGAAAUUUCUACAUUUGGAAGCCAGAAAACACAAGGUGCAUUAUUGAGAAGCAAACCAGAAUGUGGUGUUUCUCUGUCUGGAAGCCAAACACCAACUAAUGUUUCUACAUUUGGACGACAAGCAACUGAAGGUACUUUUCUAAUUGAAAAUCAACCAACAAACCAACCAUUAACUAAUAUUGUUACAUCAGAAAACCAACGAGUACAAGGUAAUUCUCUUUUUGGAUGUCAACCAGAAAGAGGCGGUUUUUCAUUUGGAAGCCAACCAUUAACUAAUGUUUCUACAGUUGAGAGCCAACCAGCACCAGGUAUGUCUUUGUUUGGAAAUCGACCACCAACACUUGCUUUUGUGAGUCAACCAGUACGAAGUAGCUCUCUUUUUGGAAGUCAACCAGCUGCAGGUAUUUCUCAUUUUGAAAACCAACAACAGUCUAAUUCUGUUACAUUUGGAAAAAAUUUAUUUGGAAGUCAAUCGUUAGUGAAUGCGUUUGGAUUUGAGAGUCAACCAGCACAAAAUACAUCUCUAUCCGUAUAUCGAGCACCAGAAACUUCAACAUUUGAAAGUCAACCUGUAGCAGGUACUCCUCUCUUCGGAAGUCGACAGCCAAAUGUUACAUUUGGAAGAGGUUCAUUUUCAUUUGGAAGUCAACCAACACCAAGUACCUCUGUAUUCGGACAUCAACUAUCCAAAACAUCAAUGGUUGGAAGUCAACUAGCACCAGAUAACUCUGUGUCUGGACAUCAAAUAACAAAGCUUUCUGCAUUUAAACCAGAUCCUUCUCUAAUUCGAAACCAAUUAGUAAGAGAUGGUUCAUUAUUUGGAAGCCAGCCACCAUCUGCUUCUGUUACAUCUCAAAGUCAACUAGAACAAGGUCCUUGUGUUAUUGGAAGCCAACCCGUAAGAUGUGGUUCACUAUUUGGAGGCCAAACAUCAUCUAAUGUUCCUGAAUUUAAAAUCCAAACACCACAAGGCACGUCAUUAUUUGGAAAUCAACCACCAACUAAUGCUUCUACAUUUGGGAGCCAACCAGCACAAGGUGGCUCUCUUUUCGAAAGCCAACCAGCAGCAUGUACCUCUCUUUUCGAAAGCCAACCAGCAGCAGGUACCUCUCUUUUCAAAAAUCAACAACUAACUAAUGUUUCAUUUGGAAACCAACCAGCACAAGAUUCUUCUCUAAUUGGUAACCAACCAGUAAGAGAUGGUUCAUUAUUUGGAAGCCAGCCACCACCUGCUGCUGCUACUACAUCACAAAGUCAACUAGAACAGGAUACUUCAAUUUUUGGAAGCCAACCAGUAAGAGAUGGUUCACUAUCUAAUGUUCCUCAAUUCAGGAGCCAAACAGCACAAGGUCACUCUCUUUUCGAAAGCCAGCCAGCAGCAGGUAGUUCUCUUUUUGAAAAUCAACAACUGACUGAUGUUUCAUUUGGAAGUCAAAGAGUAGCUAAUGCUUGUGGAUUUGGGAGUCAACCAGCAUCAAGCAACUCUGUAUUUAAACAUCAGUUAACAGAAACCUCUUCAUUUGAAAGUCAACCAGCAUCAAAUACCUCUGCUGCUGGACUUCACCCACAGGGAACUUCUACAUCUGCGUUUCAACCUACUGGGAACUCUGUAUUUGGAAAUAUAUUAAGACCAGCAAUCUGUACAUCUGGAGAUCAAUCAGCAACUUGUACCACAACUAGUACCUUAGCAUUUGGAAUUCAAUCAGUAACUGGUGAAUUUCCCAUAGGAAGUCAAAAAUCAAAGACUACAAGUACCUCAGCAUUUGAAAUUAAACCACCAACUGGUAUCUCUGCAUUUGGAACUCAACAGGCAACGCAUACCUUUGGUUUUGGCAGUCGACCAGAGACAAAUAAUGUUGCGCUUAAAAGUCAACCAGCACCAGUCACAAUUGCAGGAUUCGCCGAAACCAUAGAAGGCAAAAGUAGUAAACAGAAAGUAAGCACAGCAAUUGGAGGAUCUAUCAUUUCUGAGAAGGUGAAAGAUGUAUGUGGUGAACAGAAAAAUACUUUUGGAUUUGAAUUCGGCAAGAAGGUAGAAGAUGGAAGUGGUUUCCAGAAAACUAACAUAACAUUUGGAGGAUUUGAACUUGCCAAGCAAAUGGAUGAUGAAAGUAAUGUACAGAAAAAUAACCCAACAAUUGGAGGAGGAGGACUUAAAUUUUCUAAGAAAGUGAAGGAUGGAAGUGGUGAACUGAAAACUAGCCCAACAAUUGGAGGAGGAUUCAAAUUUUCCAAGAAUGUGGAGGAUGAAGGUGGUAAACAGGAAACUAGCCCAAAAAUUGGAGGAGGAUUUCAAUUUUCCAAGAAAGUGGGGGAUGUAAGUGGUGAAGAGAAAACUAAUCCACCAAUUGGAGGAUUUAAAUUAGGCAAGAAAAUGGAGAGUGUAAGUGGUCAACAGAAUACUAACCCACCAAUUGAAGGGUUUAAAUCUGCUAUGAAAGACAAAGGUGGGGGUAAUAAACAGGAAAAAACACAGCAAUUGUAGGUUUCAGAUUCUCAAGAAAGAAGGAAGAUGGAAAGGUUCAUGAAACAGUAACAGCAGUUGCUGGAAUUGGAAUUGCUGGAAAGGUGAAAGUGAACAAAAGGGAACAAUUGUGGGGUGAAAAUUUCCCUUUACGGUACAGAAUGAGAAGACAAUGUAAUGGAAACCUGGUAGAUGUACUUGGUAAUCAGAAUAUAAAAUCAUCAAUUGGAGUGAAAGAUGGUAGUUAAAAGCAUAAAGAAUUCUUUAUUGUGGGAAGAUUGAUCAGUGAACAGAAACGAUUGAGGCUUACAAUUAAAAGAGGUUAUAUCUGGAUAAUUUUUUAUAUUUUCUAGGAUUUAUAUAUCACACAUAUCUGCUCAAGGCACUAUUUUUCCUGUUCAUUUGAUACGGAAUCAAUCAUACGCAACAUGCAAGUAGUAUUCCUAGUUAUGCGUGUAAUCAGCACUACUAAUUUCCUUUCAAAUCAUUAACCUGCUACCAGGUGCAUACUCCUGGGUGAAGAGGCAAAUGCAGAUAAAAUGUCUUGUGUGACAAGCAUUGGACUCGAAUCCCAGGCUUCUGUUAUUGAAAGGAUAACUGUUAUAAUCCGUAAAUAGAAUACCAAACAAGUUAUGGGUCUAUGCAAAAAACUAUAUAAUCAAUAUUAAUUAUUCAUCUGUUAAUUGUAAUUUUUAGUGGACAUUAGGAAUUUGAAGUUUUUGUUUGAUUUAUGAAGGUACAAUGAAUAGGAAUAAUUAGAGUUUCUACAAUAAUAUUCACAUAGAAUAAAUGAAAUAAGAGAGAUGAAUGCG